UGGCGUCUGGGCUUCCCCCUUUAAUUAAUCGAGGGUCUUGGGAUACGAUCAUGGUCAGCGAGUUACGGGAAGAAUACAUCGGCACAGUGGCAGGUAUGUAUUACGAAGCAGGUACGAGGGAUGGCCAUACUCUGGUUGGUGAUGCAUCAAGCUCACGGUCACUUGUGUCGCCGAUGGGAAUUUGGCUGAGAGGAAAGAUUGAGGAAACUUCAUUUGACCCCUCUUCGAUUUCAUCUCGUGAUAUCAACGAUUUAAAGGAUGAGCUGGUCAAGCUUGAAUCAUUUUUGUUUCAGCAAGUCAAGCGCAUCCCUAGCGACACUGAGAACUCGACGUACGAAGAUAAUGAGAAUUUCAACAGCUGGGCAAAGGUUCUUUUAUCUGCGCUUGGCAGCAAAAAUUGGUGGUUCUUGCAUUCUCCGAUCCUACAUCGUGCACUGAGCCAAAAUAUCAUGAUACUGUCUCCUCUGGUCGUGACGCAUUCUCGCAAUUACUUGCAAAAGUUCCUCUUUAUCGCGUGUGCUAAAGAUUUCCAAUGGUUCCAAUGGGCCUGGCCUGGUAACCACCAGCCCCUUCACGCUAUCAUGAUCUUGUUAAAAGAAGUAGAACAGAAUCCGUUCGGGCCAGACUCGGAACUGUCUCGGAAUAUCGUGGAUCAAGCUUUUGCGUUAUGUAAUAUUGAUGGAGGCAUCAGUGGGAACGAACAGGGAAAUAUCAUGCCGCGUCCUUUGACGGAAGGGGGCCAGGAAGCUUGGGAGUUCAUUAGACGUCUGAGGGCGAGAGCUUGGAUUAAAGCUGGGUUAGAUCCGGAUUUGAUAAUGACGAGAGAGGAUGUGUUGAAAGUGCUCGAGCGACAGUUGGAGGCGAUGAAGUUGAGCGAUGUACGGCAACUUUAA